AGAAAAUCAUUGCUUUUAAACAGAGAGUAAUAAUUAAACACAGCCACAUGCACUAUGAAAGAAGUGAUAGUUCUUGUAUUGUUUGGAGUUGUAACGGCAGCAGUCAAUGGAGAUUGUGGAGACGGGUUUAUCCGAUACCACGAGUUUUGCUACCACUUCAGCCAUGAUCGCGAGACAUGGAUUGAUGCCAAGAGUGUGUGCAACACUCUAUUAGAUGGCCGUCUCGCCGAGAUUACAGACCCAGCAGCAUACAGAUUUCUCGCACAGGAAAUCGUGAAGCUAAAUACUGACUUUUGGAUUGGAGCAGACGAUAUUCUGUUAGAAGGUGAAUGGAAAUGGGUCUCAUCCGGUGACCCUGUGCUCAACGCCAGUGCGCAGAACAAGAUAUUCCUCAGUAACAGCGGUGGAAAUGAAAACUGUCUGGAGUUUCAUCACAGUACAAAUUGGAAUGACGAGGCGUGUUCACACGCCCAGCGUUACAUUUGUCAAAAAACGUCGGAACCAGCAGAGAUCGUUGGUUAACUUUCACUUUGAUAAUGUCAUUACAGAUAAUAAAUGGCGAUAUCGA